CAAUAAUAUACUUUGUCAUCUGGUACAUACUAUGUUUAAAGAAUAUUUGAAAUGAAAAUGGCUAUCGAAUGCAAUAUUCUCAAGUCUAUAAAAGACAUAUUCAAGAAAGAAAACAAUGAUUCUGAAGAACAGCAAUCUUGCACGAAAGAUCGUGCGAUGAAAGUGUUCAUAUUUUCAUUUGCUUCUCUCCUUGCAUUUGUAUCGUUUGCUGGAAUGGCUGCAGCGUCUACAUUCAGACCAUAUUGGCACAUAACACUUCCUUCUUUCGGGGCAUUUUUCGGGAUAAUAUGUCCGAUAAUAAUAGGCCUGUUAAAAAAGAACAAUGUACAACGGAAAUACACACAUCUUUAUAUUUACUACGUUGUUGAAAUGUUACUUAUAUCAUUCACCGGGAUUGCUGCGAUUCUUAUAAGCGAAUUUGAAGAAAUAAAUGUCCGUAUUUUAUUUGGAAUUAUUCUUCUAUUGCUCGGUCCCACUGCCAUAUAUUUUGCUUACAAAAAUAUCGAUACGCUGCGAAAAGUGAUUUUCUGGAGCGAGAGUGAAUUGGAAAAGGAAUUUUAUCCGAACCGGAACAACAACAACAACAACACUGCACAUGCUCCUAUAUUUUUCUUUGGGACAGAUAACGCAUUUUGAAAGAUGACGCUUAUAUGUAUGAAAAGUGAGAAUGAACAAAUGCGUGGACAUGGAGGUCAAAUGAAUUAAUUAUAUGGACAUCCCUUUUCCAGACAAAUACUGAAUGAAUUUUCCCGAAUGUCAUAUGAUCGGGCGUAUAUAAAACCGUCAGAAUUGUGAUAAAAUAUUGGGCACCAAGAACUGAGACGAUUUUUGAAUAAAAACUGUAUAAGUAAUAGCCUAAUGGCAACGACUUUAAUCAUCAAGUAAUGGGAGUUCGAAAUCGACUGGCAAACUAUUCAAAUGGGAAGUCGAUUUUUAAUGAGAACGGGACCCGAACCCGACAAAGAAAAUGCUAAUUUAGUCACAGCACAAUCGAUACAUUUUCAACCUCCUAGGGAUGUAAGUUUCGAAUAUUUUUUUUUCGAAUCUAAUUUCGAAUCACAAUGUUCCGAUUCGAAUAUUUCCGAAUCUGAUUUUAUUUAGUAUAUCAUCAUAUUAUCGUUAACUUUUCUCAAAUUUGGAAGAAAUAUAGUAUAAAUUCUGAUAAAAUAACAAUAAUGAGCUUGAAGAAUUAGGAAAGUUACUAGAAAAACACAAUGCAUGGAUGUAUCAACUACCAAAUAUAUCACGGCUAAGAUUUAUUUGUUGUUACAUAAAGUUAUACUCAGUUACAUAUUUACUCACAUACAAUUAUGUUUGCAAAUAUUACCGGGUUUAUAGCGAUUGUUUCUUCUAAAAUUGACCUUCAAAAUUCAUCCAAAUUAUAAUCGCUAGUCAGUACCACAUGCGCCAUGAUUUUAAAAGAAGCAAUGAUAGCGAGGCAAGCAUCGCAUCGCAGACAUACAUGUUUUUAAUAAGGUAUGAAGCAAUGAUGUUUUAUUAUAAUAAUAUCAUGUAGAUAAUUUGAAGAAACGUUCAAAAUAUUUGUGAAACUUUGUAACAGUUUAAGUAGUCGAACAAAAUUGAGCGAAACCAUUGGUCCCCCGAAAGCUGCUACCAAUAUGAAAUAUAAUGACUCUGGGAGUGUCACGGCUUUGGAAAGCUGUAAACGCAAGGAUAAUAAACGCUUUUGGUCGAUAAUAACGGUAGCGACGCUGUGUCGUGCAGUUAGUUGCCUUGUGGUAUCUAUUAAAUUUUUUUAUAAAUAGAAUCAAGCCUUUUUUUCUUAAAUUGCUUCGAAUCCUUUCGAAUUGAUGUUGAUUCGAAUCGCUUCGAAAUUCUGAAACUUACAUCCCUACUCGGAACACACGAAUGAAGCGAUAGAUUGUGUUUAUUGCACGUUUUUUUUGGAAAUAUUGUUGUUAUCUAUAUUUUCUAUGUGACCACCUACCUCAUUAAUCACUAAUGCAUGGUAACUUAUAUCCCGAGUAUUAAAUUAGCUAUAUAAUAUUGCUGUACGGAAGAGGCCGUUUAAAUGCCGAUUGUGUCCGUAUAUCAAAUUCUAUUACUUAUUAUUUCUACAAAUUAUUAUUGCUUAGGAAUACCCGACUCACUACAAUUCUUGCUAUGUACAAUAGUGUUAUUAUUUUUUUUGUUUUUUAUAUUAUUAUUAGUUUUAAGGUGACUUUUAAAGUUUUUUAAAAUCAUGUACGAUCUGCCUGUUAUUGUAUAAUGAGUGUGU